AUGACUGCUGGUUCAGUGUGUGUCCCUCAGAUCAUACCACUGCGAGUGCCUCCACCUGGAAAAGCCAACCAUGAAAUUGAUAACAAUACACUUUUAGAAAUGAAAUCAGACACCCCAGAUGUCAACAUAUAUUAUACGCUGGAUGGCAGCAAACCUGAAUUUCUGAAGAGAAUCGGUUAUCGUGAAAACAAUACAUUUAAGUAUACGAAGCCUAUUACUCUGCCUGAUGGAAAAAUACAAGUUAAAGCUAUUGCAGUCUCUAAGGACUGCAGACAGAGUGGCAUUGUAACAAAGGUGUUUCAGGUGGGCUAUGAGCCACCAAAUGCAGUGUCUUCUGAAGACAACGUUGAAAAUAUUCUCAAAGAUUCUUCAAAGCAGGAAUUGAAAAAUGGGUUUGUUGGGUCAAAACUACGGAAGAAAUGUAAGAAUGCUGAAAAUAAACAGGGUUGGAACAUUAACCUUAGGAAGUCUCCAAAGAGUCCACUGGAAAUCCCACCUUACCAUGAAGAAUCAGGUUCUAGACCACCCACCCGCCAGUCUCAGUUCCCUAGUUUUGCACACAUAACUGGCCAGAAGAGUUUGACAAGCACAGAGAUCAUGAGAAUUCAAAGACAGACAGACUUUCUCAAGUGUGCCCACUGCCUGGCCCCCCGCCCAUCUGACCCCUUUGCUCGCUUCUGUCAGGAAUGCGGCUCUCCUGUCCCGCCCAUAUUUGGCUGUCGUCUCCCACCCCCAGAAGGAGCUCAGAUGGGCUUAUGUGCAGAGUGUGGAAACAUGGUGCCCAUGAACACUCCCAUCUGUGUGGUGUGUGAGGCCUCUCUUACUCUACAGCUGCAGCCACAGGCCAGCCUCCGCUUGAAGGAGAAAAUAAUCUGCCGCACCUGUGGCACAGGGAAUCCAGCUCACCUGAAAUACUGUGUCACCUGUGAGGGAGCCCUGCUGUCAUCACAGGAGCCCAUGUGCAGUGGAGAUAAAGCCCCACCUCCCCCCACUCAGAAAGGGGAGACCAUUUCCUGUUCCAAGUGUGGUCGCAGGAAUCGCCCGGAAGCUUGCUUCUGUGACUGGUGUGGAGCCACGGUGGGCAUUUCUGCCUGCUACUCUGUUUGCCCCAAAUGUGGGGCCAGCAAUCACCCAUCUGCCCGAUUCUGUGGUUCCUGUGGUAUUUAUGUGAAGUCCUUAGCAAGACUUAGCAUGGAUAACAACCUGGCUCUUGCCGCUGGAGAACUUCGCCCUUUUGCUGAGUCCCUAAAUGUUCCUUUGCUCAGACCUGAGGCUGGGACUCGGAAGGACGUGGGCACACAGACUACUGGCCUGUUCUACCCAUCUGGUGCACUACUAGCCAAAAAGGAACUGGAAAUGGCUUCUCAAAAGCAGAGGCAGGAGAAAAUGAGUGACCAUAAACCUCUCCUCACAGCUGUCAGCCCAGGAAGAGGGUACUGGAGAAAACAGUUGGAUCAUAUCUCUGCUCACCUCAGGUCUUAUGCUCAGAACAACCCUGAGUUCAGGGCUUUGAUUGCAGAACCCAGAAUGGGAAAGCUUAUCUCUGCUACUGUCCAUGAAGAUGGCUAUGAAGUUAGCAUCCAGCUGAAUUACAUUCAAGUAUCAAACAAGAACCUUUACCUCAGCAAGGCUGUGGAUUUCAGCAGCCACUUCCUGAGCAGUGUCACUGAGGGUGGUAAUGGGCCAUUUGGCAGCAGGUCCAGCCUGGUGAGCAACUACAGCCAGAGCACCUCCGAUACCACUGAAAACGUCAAGAGGACAAAGAAUUUCAAGACCAAAACAUUUCAAGAAAAGGAGCAGCUCACACCUGAAAACAGGCUCCUGCUGAAGGAAGUGGGACCGACAGGGGAAGGAAGAGUCUCUGUGAUUGAACAGCUGCUCGAUGAGGGAGCAGAUCCCAACUGCAGGGACAGUGAGGAGCGACCCCUUAUAACCAUGGCUGUUGUGAAUAAGCACCACGAAGCGAUUCCGGUUCUUGUGCAGAGAGGAGCAGACACCGAGCAGCGGUGGGGACCGCUCCGAAAUACAGCUCUUCAUGAAGCGACCCUCCUUGGCCUGGCGGGAAGGGAGUGCAUCGCUGCUUUACUGCGAUGCAAUGCAGGCAUCCAAAAGAAGAACACGAAUGGCCAGACGGCAUAUGACCUGGCUCUGAAAACUGGGGAUGAGGUCAUCACCUCACUCUUUGCUGCUAAGCUCCGCCUGGAUGACUCUUAG